GUGGCCGGCAGCGACUCUGAGUUUUGCGAUUUUAGUCAUUCCAUCCAAUCCUACUGCAGUAGGCGCGAACGCUCCAGCCAAUGGGAGCACGCAGGAGGCGUGGCGUGCCGGAAUGCGGGUGUGGCUCCGCAGCGCUCGCGCUCUCUCUCUGUGCGUGAGAAUCCCGGGACUCGGUGAUGAUGUCAGAGCGCUGGGGUCAUUUGAAGGGUAGCCGCCUCGGAGGGGUUCACGGAAAGUUCAGCCGCAUACAUUAGGCGAUUCAAUCCCUCACUCCGCGCGCGCGCGACACCGUACUGGUAGGAAACAGAGCUCGCGCGGAGGCAGGAUGAGCCCAUUCGUCAUCUUUUAGGCUCGGAGACGUGAUUUUGUAAAUGAAGGAAAAGAGGAGAAAAGAGUUUGAUGUUGAAUUCGCUUGUUUCUGUGCUUGUUUUAAAGCAAAAACAGAGGAUGACACGCGCUCGCGCAUCGGCUUUUAGAGGGAGCGCGCGUGCUAAAAGGUCCAGCUCGUGAGUUGGAAAAGAAGCACCGGAGAAAAACAAGAACAAGGACUUGGAUGGAGUUGGGGGACAGUUUGGACCGGGAGUAGGUCCGGUAGUCGCGCGCGUGAAUUACAAAGCUGGUGCUCGUGCGUGCUGGUGUUGUUGUUUUUGUUGCUCCUGGUUCUGGUUCUGGUUCUGGUGGUUCUGCUGGUUCUGGGAGGAGGUGGGACACAGAGUGGACCCCGGUAUGUUCGACUGCAUGGACGUGCUCGCGGUGAGCCCGGGCCAGAUGCUGGACCUGUACCCUCCGCCCCCGUCCUCGUGCAUGCUGCAGGAGCAGGCGCUGAAGGCGUGCUUCCGAGGGCUCGCGCGCGCAGACUGGCAUCACCGGCGCGGCGGCGCGCACUCCAUCGAGACGCAGAGCAGCAGUUCAGAGGAGCUGGUCCCCAGCCCCCCCUCGCCCCUGCCCCCUCCCCGGGUCUACAAGCCCUGCUUCGUGUGCCAGGACAAGUCCUCGGGAUACCACUAUGGCGUCAGUGCCUGUGAGGGCUGCAAGGGUUUCUUUCGCAGAAGCAUCCAGAAGAACAUGGUGUACACCUGCCACCGGGACAAGAACUGCAUCAUCAACAAGGUGACGAGGAAUCGCUGUCAGUACUGUCGUCUACAGAAAUGCUUCGCUGUUGGAAUGUCCAAAGAGUCCGUGCGGAACGACAGGAACAAGAAAAAGAAGGAAAGCCCGAAGCCAGAGCUGACAGAGAGUUACGAGCUGUCAGCAGAGCUGGAGGCCAUCAUCGAGAAAAUCCGCAAAGCUCACCAAGAGACGUUCCCUUCUCUCUGCCAGCUGGGCAAGUACACCACGAACUCAAGUGCUGACCACCGGGUGCGUUUGGAUCUGGGACUGUGGGAUAAGUUCAGUGAGCUGGCCACUAAGUGCAUUAUCAAAAUCGUGGAGUUCGCCAAACGAGUGCCUGGCUUCACUGGACUCACCAUCGCUGACCAGAUCACACUACUCAAAGCUGCCUGUCUGGACAUACUGAUUCUGCGUAUUUGUACUCGUUAUACGCCGGAUCAGGACACUAUGACCUUCUCGGAUGGGUUGACCUUGAACCGGACUCAGAUGCACAAUGCAGGAUUCGGGCCGCUGACGGACCUGGUCUUCACCUUCGCCAAUCAGCUGCUGCCCAUCGAGAUGGACGACACCGAGACGGGCCUGCUCUCCGCCAUCUGCCUCAUCUCUGGAGACCGUCAGGAUCUGGAGGAACCCUCGAAGGUGGAUCAGCUGCAGGAGCCUCUUCUGGAGGCGCUGAAGAUCUACGUGAGGAAGCGCCGACCCAGCAAACCCCACAUGUUCCCCAAAACCCUCAUGAAGAUCACAGACCUCCGGAGCAUCAGCGCCAAAGGUGCGGAGCGAGUUAUCUCUCUGAAGAUGGAGAUUCCCGGCUCGAUGCCUCCUCUUAUUCAGGAGAUGUUGGAGAAUUCAGAAGGUCAGGAUGGACAGAGCUCGGCGGAGAGCAGCAGUACGGAUAAAAACUCGUCCGGUUCUAAGCGAGCUGCCGCGUCCUCGCCCGAGCCGGAACCAGAGCCGGAACCGGAACCGGAACCCGAGCCGUCAGAUAACGGUGCGGGAGCUUCAUCAUCCGGCGAGGAGUCGUAAAACCACAGCACCUAAAACCUCAAACUCAGAACUACGGCCUCAGACCUUCCUUUUGCACAGUCAGUACAGGUGGAGCAUCGCCGCGUCCUCUACCUGCACGUCACUAUGAUCUCUUAUCUCUUUUUACUUUCCUUUGUUUGUUUUUUUUUUGUUGUUUUUCACAUUCCUUCAUUUCAGAUAAAUAAUGUGUAGAUCAUGGAUUCAGGCCUAAAAAAGGACCGGAGCUUCAUGUGUUAAAAAACAGCAGCUCUUACUGGCAUCAGCACUAUGGGACCCACACACAGUCUACAGUACACUCCAAUACACUACGUGUGUGUGUGUGUGUGUCCCGGAUGCCGACCUGGAACACAGAGGUGAAACUCCGCAGGUGUGUGUAUAUUAAUUACCUGCAUGACGGCUCUGAGUUUCUGAUGAUGGUUUUUCUCUUUUUCUCUCUUUCUCUCUUUUUUCUCUUUUUCAUACAUUGUACAAACCAUUCUCUGGGUAGAGCUCUGUAUGAUAACUUUUGUGGUGCUUUAUUUCAUUGUCUUAAAGAUAUCGUUUGAGGCGAUACACUACGUCUAAAGAUGCACAGAAGAGCACCGUCCACUGGAGCUACAGAUAAAAAACAGUUAAAAACAGAAAAGGUAAAAAUAUCCUCACUGUCGUAUCUCCGAUAAAGAGGAAUCUUUAAUAGAGAACGAAAAGGGAAAUCAAUUAACUUUAAUGUUUGAUUUUAUUGAACUCAUUUUGAACCAUUUAUGUUGGUUAGUUUGCAAAUGUUCCACCUUAAAUUUCACACCAAAUUGUGGUUUUAAAAAUAGGCUGAAAGGACUUUACGCACUUUUUUUUUUUUUACAUUUUGUACACCAAUUAUAAUUUUACAGGCAGCAAAAAAAGAAAAUUACUAAUUUAUGACAUUAAAUUAGGGAAAAUAUAUUACAGAGCACAUUUGCCGGUUCGAAUCCUGGUCAUGCAGCUUGCCAUUAGCUGCCGGAGCCCCGAGAGUGCACAGUUGUUCUUGCUCUCUCUGGGUGGGUACAGUAGUGAUGCUCUUUCACCUCAUUAUUCCUAGGGUGAUGUGGAUCAGCACAAGGCUGCGUCUGUGAGCUGAUGUAUCAGAACCGAGUCGCUGCGCUGCUUUACUCUGAGCGUUAGCGCUGCUGUGAUGCUACUCGGCAAAAAGUUCAAAAAGAGGCGGAGUCUGGUCUUCACCCUCCUGGUGUGUUGGAGCAUCACUAGUGAUAGGGCGAGUCCUAAUGAGUGGGUUGAGUAAUUGGCCGUGUAAAUUAGGGAGAAAAUGGAAUAAAAAUUAGAAAUAAAACUUAUAAAAGAACAGAACAACAUAUACAUUAUUUUAAUCCUCAUUUUUAUGCCAAUAUGAAGCUAAAACACAAGAAUCACACUACUAUACUACUAUAAAGAAUACCAUUGGAACUACUGAGCAACACCUUAGCAACCACUUGGAACAGAAAAGCAAGAAAAGCAAAUAGAAACUCUGUGGAAUGUUUUAUUGUACACUUUUUAUCUCACUGUUCAUUAUCUAACUUUUAUUAUAUAGUUCUUAUAGUUUCAUUAUAUAGUUUAAUUGUACGACAGUAAUGAUGAGGUUCUAUAUUUGUGGUUCUAUUUAUGAUAAACACGUCUGUAAUUAAUCUUCAUUAUUAUUCUUAAUCUUAUUAUAUCUUGUACUGCCCCUAGUGGACGGAAUGACUCCUCUGUGCAUCUUUUAAAACAGGGCUCAUUAUAAAGUCCUUUAAAAUACAGUUCUAUAGAAUGUUCUUGCAUAUAGACAGUACGGACGUCUAAUAUUUUAUAUAUUGUUCGUAUAUUUAAUGCGUUUUUGUUUCUUGCAUUUUUGAAAAAAAAAAAGCUCUACGUUCAAAUGUCUAAAGGAGGAAAUUCUAAACACACUAAUACACUCACACACACACACACACUCAUACACACACUCAUACACACACUUAUACACACACUCAUACACACACACACAUAUAUAUAUAUAUAUAUAUAUACAUUCUCAUGCUGCAAGAACCCCAACGUUUCCCCGCUGUCAGUGGGUGAUGGAUGGAGUCUGGUGAUAUUAUGGUCAGAUAUCAGUUUAAUAUCAGCAGCUGAAUCAUGAAUUCAGUGUCUUACAGCCGAAUCACCGUCCUGCUUUACAGAAGUGUCUUAUUUUUAGUUUUUUGUUUUUUUGUUCUUUAUUGUUUGAGCAGUAAAACUUGGGGACAUUGCAAUCUUCUAAAUCUCACCUGCUUCAGCUGCUCUUCUGCACAGAGCAGAUUGUAAACUUUACUCUUUACUCUCUCUCUCUCUAGAGCUUUACCUCUUUUCUCUCUAUCUAUCUAUCUGAAAAAAAAAUGAAGGUCGCACGUCAGUUUCUGAAUCAGUUUCUCUGAUUUAGCUAUUUAUAGGUUUAUAUUUGAGUAAAAUGAACAUUGUUGUUUUAUUCUAUAAACUACAGACAACAUUUCUCCCAAAUUCCAAAUAAAAAUAUUCUCAUUUAGAGCAUUUAUUUACAGAAAAUGAGAAAUGACUGAAAUAACAAAAAAGAUGCAGAACUUUCAGACCUCAAAUAAUGCAAAGAAAACAAGUUCAUAUUCAUAAAGUUUUAAGAGUUCAGAAAUAAUCAAUAUUUGGUGGAAUAAUCCUGGUUUUUAAUCACAGUUUUAAUUUCAUGCAUCUUGGCAUCAUGUUCUCCUCCACCAGUCUUACACACUGCUUUUGGAUAAGAAUUUAAGCAGUUCAGUUUGGUGGUUUGAUGGUUUGUGAUCAUCCAUCUUCCUCUUGAUUAUAUUCCAGAGGCUUUCAAUUUGGUAAAAUCAAAGAAACUCAUCAUUUUUAAGUGCUCUUUUGUUUUUUUUUUCCAGAACUGUAUCUAUCUCACUAUAUAUUUCUCUAUUUAAGUCUCUUUUACAGCAAAAAGAUAUAACUUGGCAGGUAAAAUCAUCUUAGAUCUUAUAACAUAUCACUGUCCAAUCACAAAGCCUUAUCUUUAUCUUCAACAAAAACUUCAUGAAAUGUACUGAUUAAUAAAUUGGCCGAUUCAGAUGAUGUCAAAAACGUCAUGAUGACUAAAAUAAGGAUUUUAUAAAGAACAUUAGUGAUGAGAAACAUGAGAUAAACAGAGAAAUAUGAACUAAAUUUAAGAUGAUUUGACUUGUCAAUAUAUCAUUUCACUCUCUUUCUCUCUUUUCUCUCUCUCUUUUUCUGAAGGGAAAGAUGUAUUGUAUUUUAUUUUUACCCACACGGAGCGUCUUUGGUCUUUGGCUCCUCAGACCGGAGGACGGUUUGUGUGAAACGCAGAAUGCUAAGGAGAUUCUACACUUCAGCUCUGACCCGAAAUAGCAAACUUUAGUUCAUCAAUCCUGAAAAGCUCGAUUUUCUCAGGGUAAAGCUGUGCUCUCUGUAAAAAUACCUCUUAAUGAACAAAGUGACUUUAAAUUAGCCCUCCCCUGAUCUGCAUGACUCUAAAUUAGGAGCUAGUGAGGAAUGCAGGGCUCUAUCCUGAUAUCUGUAAUAUAUUCAGUGUUGUUGGGUUUUUUAAUUGUUUAAUUGUUUUAUUUGGUUUAUAUGCAGCAUUCCACGUCUUCAUUUACAUUUUUUUAAAUGACAAUGGCACUUAAAGCUGAGAAACGCUGAAGUGUCUGUUUAAAACCAAUAAGAACCUCAGAAACUCAAGCUUUCUGUCUAAAUUUCCCCCUAAAUCGCUAAAAAUCAUUUCCUUUUUUGGUAAAUUCUUUCUGACCUUUGGAGAAGCUGCACUUAGGACAGGAUUGAAUGUGGUCAGCUAGUGAGCACUUUCCCAGUCAGGCAAUGUUCAAACCUUCCUCUCGUCCUAUUCCAGCUCCCAUAAGUCUCAUAAACUCUUACAAACUCCCAUAAACUCUCAUAAACUCCCAUAACUCUCAUAAACUCCCAUAACUCUCAUAAACUCCCAUAACUCCAAUAAACUCCCAUAACUCCAAUAAACUCCCAUAACUCCAAUAAACUCCCAUAACUCCAAUAAACUCCCAAACUCUCAUAAACUCCCAUAAAUUCCUAUAAACUCCCACAACUCCAUAAUUUUGCCUAGUUUCAUUCAAAAAGGCAGUAAAAAAAAUAUUUUUUUUUUUCACCAAAAUCAGCAAAUUACAUAAGGCUAUAGUCUUAUGUUUUUCUGUUAUUUUGGACCAUUCCUCAAAUGCUUCUAUUUAACUAGAAUGUAACUCAAAGAGCUGAUAAUUAUCUGGGCACUGUGUAAAGUUGCUCAGUUUCAUUCAUUUUCAUUCAGGUUCUUAUGAGCCCGAACUGAACUCUCUGGUGGUUCUUUUGGUGGAAAAGUGCUUUGAGCUCAGUGUAAAGCUCUAUCUGGACGGGAUUAGUAUCUCAGGGGUUCGCCUGUGAAAAAUAUUUCACACUUUUACUCAGUAAAACCUGAUAAAACUCCUGCAUCCGGACUGCAAUUGAAAAAAACAGGAGGACCAGUGAGUUUUUUUAGGCUUUUUUCUAUCUAUUAUUUUUAUCAUCACGGAGUUCAGUAGCUCCUCCAUUUCCACUUGCUGUUGUGUUUUUAACGUGGAUCUCCAUGGAAACCGUGGCACGCCCAAAGUGUAAUUACGGUGCGCAGCAGUGGACAAAUAGCUAUUUUAUUAUUUUGUUAAAGGCAAGGAGACGAAACUCAGAGAUGUGCGUCCGGACGGGACUAAAAUUACCGGAGGAGCACGGAGUUCAGAGAAAAACAGUAGAUAAUUCAGCCUGUAAUUUUCUCAGAGGACGUCUGAGAAAAACACCUACAUGAUCGUUCUGGACGGGAAUAAAAUCACAGAGGAUAAAAAAAAAAACCAUAAAAGAGAAAAUUACCCAGAACCCCUGAGAAUCUAAUCCUGUCUGGAUAGAGCUUUAGUCUGUGUUAGAGAGUAUUUAGUAUUUAUGGAGAUCUGCUCAGUGCAGCUAAAUCACAGCUUUUUUCAGAGCUGCAGUAUUAAUAAAGUAGCCUUUUACUACUUUUAGUUCUUUUUCUGUUCUGGUUUACAGUUGAAUGUGAUAUAUUUGAUAUAUUUGUUCGUAUUGCUGCUGAUUGGAGGCAGAGAUACAGAGAUGUACGUGCAGAUCGCGUGUAUUUCUACUUUUCUUUUCUUUCUGUUAUUUAAAAACAAAAAAAGGAGAAAGAAGCUGUAAUGUGUUUUCGGUACCACUUUAAAACAAGACUACCUUUAUAAAGGAUCUAUAAAUGGUUUGUAAAUUAGAUUAUUACUUAUUAUUGAUUAGGUUGUAAAUGCCUUAAAAACCAGCAGUUUAAGCAGUUAAAAAACAUCAAACAUUAAACAUUAAAAAAGCAACAGUAGCAACUUAGUCAUUUAAUUUAUGGUAAAUAGUUAAACAUACUUAUAAAUAUAUAUUCAUAUGGCAGGUUUAAUGCUGCGGCUCAGUAUGUAGAAAGAUCUGAGGUUUGACGGUAAAGACGAGUGUGGAAUCACUACUUUGCAUGUUUUCAGCUCACUGUUGCCAUUUCUAUUUAUGUUAUAUAAUAACCAUUAAUAAGCUCAUUUAUAAACCAUUCAUAAACCCUUUAUAAAGGUCGUCUUAUUUUAAAGUGUUUUUAUGUUUUUUAAUGGAUGAUGGACGAUCUGAACGAAGAAUCGAAUCGAAAUGUAGCAUCAUCAUCAUCUCAUACACUGCCUUUACAGACGCUCACCACAGGAAGAUUAAAUACGUUCAGUAGGAAACUUCACUUUUAACUUAAAAGGUAAAGGAAGGAACUUCUUUAAGAAGUUUUACUUCAUUUUUACUUUCUUUUUUUUUCUUGUUGCUCAACGAAGAGAUUAUUAAAGCAAGCUGUGAAUCCAAACACAGAUCCUACAGAUCUCCUGCUUCAGUCCUCAGAACAAAUUCAGUACGUUUCUCUUUUACAUCAUUUUAUUUUUUCGUUUGUUUUUUUUUUUGUUCGAUUUGUUUAAUUUUCUUCUUCUUCUUCUGAAAAGCCGACCCACUGUCGCCACUCGACUCAAUCAGCUGGAUCAGUUGACUGCACUCAACUGAGCCUCUACAGGAACAGUCGCGUAACUCUGAGGGAAGGUUUUAAAAUGUAUAUUAAACAUGUAAAAAAUGUAAAAAACGAAACAAAAAAACAAAAGCUGGAGUGUUUUCACACAGUGCUGGUACACGUUCUGUACCGUUUUUGAGACGUUGAGACGUUGCGCUUCUUCGCCUUUCUUUCGGGGAACACAUCUCCACCCUGCAGUGUUGUACAGUUGUGUUCUGAGACUCGAGACUCGCUGGAUCUGCGGCUUAAAAAACAAAAAAUAAAAUAAAGAGAUUGAAAGACUCCACUGCUGAAAAGCAAAGCGUCUCGGCCUCUGUCCCGGCUACGCCAACGCAGACGCGAAAAGACAAAAAGAUGCAGAACAUAUCUCGUCUUAUUUUUGUUUGUUUCUUUUUGUUUGUUUGUUUUUUUCAUCAGUGUCCUGUUUGUACAUUAACAAUGCUUUGUAUGUUCAUAUACUGUUUACCAUGAACUCUCCUGGCGAAAUAAAAAUAUAUUUAUUUUAAAAUAAA